CGGCCGGCUGGCGGCACCGGGCACCAGCUGCGCGAGCAGGUACCCUCGGCGGAGGUGGCCAGGCCGCCCCAGGGGGCGAGCGCGAAGGCGGGGGCUCCGGCCCGCCGCGCCCCCAUGCUGCGGUGAGCACUACGCGCUCCGCGCACUUGUAGCCGCGCCGAGCCAGCCCCAGCCCCAGCCCUAGCGAGCCGACUCUCCCCGCCCCGCCAGCCCGGCCCGUACCUGCGGCCGCCGUCGGGGGAGGGGGGUCCCCCCAGCUCUGCGGAGCCGCAUGAACAAUAGGCGGCGGCGGCUCCUGCGGGCGGCAGCAGCCCCGCACCCUAUGGAUCGGCCGCUCCAUGGAGCCCUCCAGAGCGCUUCUCGGCUGCCUGGCGAGCGCCGCCGCUGCAGCCCCGCCGGGGGAGGAUGGAGCGGGGGCCGGGGCCGAGGAGGAGGAGGAAGAGGAGGAGGAGGCGGCGGCGGCGGUCCCCAGGGAGCUGGGUUCCGACGCGCCGCUGCCCUACUGGACGGCCGUGUUCGAGUACGAGGCGGCGGGCGAGGACGAGCUGACCCUGCGGCUGGGCGACGUGGUGGAGGUGCUGUCCAAGGACUCGCAGGUGUCCGGCGACGAGGGCUGGUGGACCGGGCAGCUGAACCAGCGGGUGGGCAUCUUCCCCAGCAACUACGUGACCCCGCGCAGCGCCUUCUCCAGCCGCUGCCAGCCCGGAGGCGAAGACCCCAGUUGCUACCCGCCCAUUCAGUUGUUAGAGAUUGAUUUUGCGGAGCUAACCCUGGAAGAGAUUAUUGGCAUCGGGGGCUUUGGGAAGGUCUACCGUGCUUUCUGGAUAGGGGAUGAGGUCGCCGUGAAAGCAGCUCGCCAUGACCCAGACGAGGACAUCAGCCAGACCAUAGAGAAUGUUCGCCAGGAGGCCAAGCUCUUUGCCAUGCUGAAGCAUCCCAACAUCAUUGCCCUUAGGGGGGUGUGUCUGAAGGAACCCAACCUCUGCUUGGUCAUGGAGUUUGCUCGUGGAGGGCCUUUGAAUAGAGUGUUAUCUGGGAAAAGGAUUCCCCCAGACAUCCUGGUGAACUGGGCCGUGCAGAUUGCCAGAGGGAUGAACUACUUACAUGAUGAGGCAAUUGUCCCCAUCAUCCACCGCGACCUUAAAUCCAGCAACAUCCUGGUCCUCCAGAAGGUGGAGAAUGGAGACCUGAGCAAAAAGGUUCUGAAGAUCACCGAUUUUGGCCUGGCUCGGGAAUGGCACCGAACCACCAAGAUGAGCGCAGCAGGAACGUAUGCCUGGAUGGCACCUGAGGUCAUUCGUGCCUCCAUGUUUUCCAAAGGCAGCGACGUGUGGAGCUAUGGGGUGCUGCUUUGGGAGCUCCUGACUGGUGAGGUGCCCUUCCGAGGAAUCGAUGGCUUAGCAGUCGCUUAUGGAGUGGCCAUGAACAAGCUUGCCCUUCCCGUUCCUUCUACAUGCCCGGAACCUUUUGCCAAACUCAUGGAAGAUUGCUGGAAUCCUGACCCCCAUUCACGACCAUCUUUCACGAAUAUCCUGGACCAGCUAACUACCAUAGAGGAGUCUGGUUUCUUUGAAAUGCCCAAGGACUCCUUCCACUGCCUGCAGGAUGACUGGAAACAUGAGAUUCAGGAGAUGUUUGACCAACUCAGGGCCAAAGAAAAGGAGCUGCACACCUGGGAGGAGGAGCUGACGCGGGCCGCACUCCAGCAGAAGAACCAGGAGGAGCUGCUGCGGCGCCGGGAACAGGAGCUGGCCGAGCGGGAGAUCGACAUCCUGGAGCGGGAGCUCAACAUCAUCAUCCACCAGCUGUGCCAGGAGAAGCCCCGGGUCAAGAAACGCAAGGGCAAGUUCAGGAAGAACCGACUGAAGCUCAAGGAUGGAAACCGCAUCAGCCUCCCUUCGGAUUUCCAGCACAAGUUCACGGUACAGGCCUCGCCCACCAUGGAUAAAAGGAAGAGUCUCAUCAACAGCCGCUCUAGCCCUCCUGCAAGCCCCACCAUCAUUCCUCGCCUGCGAGCCAUCCAGUUGACACCAGGCGAAAGCAGCAAAACCUGGGGCCGGAGCUGUGUCGUCCCCAAGGAGGAAGGGGAGGAGGAGGAGAAGAGGGCCCCCAAGAAGAAGGGACGGACGUGGGGGCCAGGUACACUCGGUCAGAAGGAGUUUGCCUCAGGAGAUGAAGGAUCCCCUCAGAGACGUGAGAAAGCUAAUGGUUUAAGUACCCCAUCAGAAUCUCCACAUUUCCACUUGGGCCUCAAGUCCCUGGUAGAUGGAUACAAACAGUGGUCGUCCAGUGCCCCCAACCUGGGGAAGGGGCCGAGGAAUAGUCCAGCCCUGCCAGGGUUCACCAGCCUUAUGGAGAUGGUUAUUCUUGCCGCUUCGUUUCCCAUUUUCUGUUUCCCCUCCACUCCUCUCGUCUUUGCAGAGGACGAGGACAGCGAAGGUCCGCGGGGUGGGGAGAGUCGUCCGCAGCCGUCACCCAACCAGUCCUACCUCUGUAUCCCAUUCCCUCGUGGAGAGGAUGGGGACGGCCACCCUGGCGACGGCGUCCACGAGGAGCCCACCCCAGUCAACUCGGCCACCAGUACCCCUCAGCUGACGCCAACCAACAGCCUCAAGCGGGGCGGCCCCCACCACCGCCGCUGUGAGGUGGCGCUGCUCAGCUGUGGGGCCGUCCUGGCAGCCACGGGCCUCGGCUGUGACCUGCUGGAAGCUGGCAAGUGCCAGCUGCUCCCCCCGGAGGAGCCCGAGCCGCCAGCCCGGGAGGAGAAGAAGAGGCGCGAGGGCCUUUUCCAGAGAGCCAGCCGUCCCCGUCGGAGCACCAGCCCCCCAUCCCGGAAGCUCUUCAAGAAGGAGGAGCCCGUGCUGUUGCUAGGAGACCCCUCGGCCUCCCUCACACUGCUCUCUCUCUCCUCCAUCUCCGAGUGCAACUCCACCCGCUCCCUGCUGCGUUCUGACAGUGAUGAGAUUGUGGUGUACGAGAUGCCCGUCAGCCCCGGGGAGCCCCCACCCCUGAGCCCCUGCACCCGCAACCCCCUGGUCAACGUCCGAGUGGAGCGCUUCAAGCGAGACCCGAGGCAGUCCCUGACCCCCACCCAUGUCACCCUCACGGCCCCCCGCGCCGAGCCCGGCGCUCACCGGCGGACUCCUUCCGAUGGGGCCCUCAAGCCGGCGGCCCCUCGAGCCAGCAGGAGCCCCUCCAGCAACGGGCUGAGCCCCAGCCCUGGAGCAGGAAUGUUGAAAACUCCCAGCCCCAGCCGAGACCCAGGUGAAUUCCCCCGUCUCCCUGACCCCAAUGUGGUCUUUCCGCCGACCCCAAGGCGCUGGAACGCACAGCAGGACUCUGCCUUGGAGAGACCCAAGACCCUGGAGUUUCUGCCUCGGCCGCGUCCUUCUGCUAACCGGCAGCGACUGGACCCUUGGUGGUUCGUGUCUCCCAGCCACGCCCGUAGCGCCUCGCCAGCCAACAGUUCCAGCACGGAGACGCCCAGCAACCUGGACUCGUGCUUGGCAAGCAGCAGCAGUACCGUGGAGGAGCGGCCUGGGCUGCCAGCCCUGCUCCCCUUCCAGGCGGGGCCGCUGCCGCCCGCCGAGCGGACGCUUCUGGACCUGGACGCAGAGGGCCAGAGUCAGGACGGCACCGUGCCGCUGUGCAGAGCCGCACUGAACACACACAGGCCUGCCCCUUACGAGAUCCAGCAGGAGUUCUGGUCUUAGCACAAAAAGGGUCGGGGGCGGGCAAGGGGGAAGCAGGAGGAGGUGGGGGGAGCUGGCUGGCACAGCCCUGUCUCAGAAUUGGACCCCCUGAGCUCCCGCUCUACUUCUUGCACUGAUAAUGCACUUUGAAGAUGGAAGGGAUGGAAGCAGGGCCCCUGGAGGGGGCUUCGUGCCCUGCAGGGCCCUUCUCCCCAGGUCCACUGGAGGGGACCGUGGCUGUGUAGGGCAGGGAGGGGUGCGUGCAUGUCCUCCACCCUCCACAGCCUUCCUUGCCUUCACGGUGACCCUGCAGAGUCACUCAGCCGAAUCUGUCUGUUGCCCCCUCUCCUCAGACCCCUGGGUGUGCCCUCCCGGGCUCCCUCUGGUGGCCCUGAGUUCAGCCUUUCCAAACACCAGUAUUGGAUGUUCUGUGAUUGAUUUUGCUCCUCUUCCUCAUUCUUCCCUGACACUCAUGAAUCAGAAUCUCGUUGGUGUGAGAUGUGAGCUUUUCUGUGCCCUGAGCCCUUCGGUGCCGGCCGGAGGACUGAAGGCAAAGUGCCCAAGGGUCGGGCACAGGAAUUGAUGGAGCUAGCACCACCUACUGCACUUCCA